UCUUUCCAGUUGCAACGAACUCCAUUUAUCUUUCCCACACUGAGGAGGAGACGCCCAGAAGAAAUCGCUGCGGAAGAGUAGUGAAAAUGAAGAACUUUUCUUUCUUCUUCGUCUUCGGUUUCUCUCUUUUUCCUCUUUUUUGUUUCUCUUUCAAUCCGGAAUCUCCAAUGGAUCGCACAGUUUUGGUAUUACUCGACGAUUUCUCACUCAAAUCGUCGCACUCCAUUUUCUUCAACUCCCUCAAAUCCUGCAGUGUCAACAUCGAUUUCAAACUCACGACGAUCCAUCUCUCUCCCUUCAACGCUACAGCUAGGUUUGGUGGAUCUUUGGAUUUGGCGGCGGUGCUUGAUUUCGUUGACUCAGGUCACGACUUGAUAGUUGCAGUUGAUGCGUCUGCUUCUAAUUUGAUUAAGAACAUUGCUACUGAAUGUGGAGUUGAUUUCGAUGAGGAUUCAUCGGCAAUGGUUAUUGAUCACAAAAACUAUGCAAUUUCCGGAACCGAAGGUGACCAUACAUUGAUUGCCUGUGAUGAUUUUAUCCAUUCUGAUGUCAUUUUAGGAAAACCCAAAAUCGAGGUUUUGAAGGUGCUUUCUGCGUCUUCUUCAGCUUAUUUUGCUAACCCAGAAUCGAAAUUGUUGACCCCUACAUUGCUUACUGGAUCUGCCAUUUCAUUGGUCUCAGUUGUGCAGGCUAGAAACAAUGUUCGGAUCAUGAUCACUGGCUCUUUAGAUUUGCUGUUAAGAACUGCUGUACAGAAAGCUGGCAGCCCAGAUAAGUAUGAGAAAUUGGCUAAUGAACAGUUUGUGACGGAAAUUAGCAAAUGGGUCUUCCAUGAAAGGGGUCACUUGAAGGCUGUUAAUCUUAGACACCAGAAAGUUGGGGAAACAGAUGAGCCUGCAAUGUAUAGGAUCGAAGAUGACUUGAUACUGCCUCCAUCAAUUUGUUCUGUUUUGAAAAUAUAUGUAUUUAAGAGACUAUUCACAUUGAAUCUCCCUAAAUAUAUAUGAUUGCAGAAAUUUUCUGUUGAGAUGUACGAGUGGUCUGGAAAGAGCUGGGAGACCUAUGUGGUAGAUGAUGUUUAGGUCCAGUUUUACAUGAUGAGCCCUUACGUGCUAAAAACACUUCAACUGAUGGAAAGGGGUUGUACCAUGCAUCAUUCAAGGUGCCAGAUGUUUAUGGGGUAUUUCAGUUAAGGUUGACUAUCACAGGCUUGGUUACACCAGCUUAUCUCUUGCCAACAGAUUCCAGUUCGAUCCUUUAGGCACAAUGAAUAUGAGAGAUUUAUAACAACUGCUUUCCCAUAUUAUGGAGCUUCUUUUACAACGAUGGCUGAAUUCUUUAUCUUCAGCAUACUCUCCCUGUAUAACAAGUAAGGCCUGUCAGUUGAAGAAAAUUGGAUUAUCAUCACUUUAGUUCUUUGCUGUCUUUUUGAACAAAAAAAAGGAAAAGAAAAAUUGGCAGCUUAUCAUUCUCUGGAGAUAUAUCUACUUGGACUUUAGAAUAGAUUAGGGCUUAGAUUGGAUAAACAGAAUUAUCCAGGGUUGGAUUUCAGAAUUUCCUCUUAGACAUUUGUUUUUCAACGUCGCACAUUCUGGUGAGGACUAAAUUUUGCAAUCAGCUUGAUAUCAUUGAGUUUAAUCAUAUGAUAGAGAACUAAAGGUUAUUUGAA